CAACAAUCUGUAGCAGUUGUUAGUAAAGCGUUGCUGGCAGUUGUCCAUCGACAACGAAAAAGCGGCAAAGAAAUUUCGAAAUUUUGAAUAAAUUUAAAUCCAAAUAACGUCAAAGAAUUUUAUGUGUUUUUUGUGAGCAAAAAAAAAAGAUUCCAUCGAAGAAAAUAUAGAAAUAAUAAAAUAAAGAAAAUUUACAUUUGAAUAGUGGAAUAUUGUUGAGUGGAAAUAAUAACAAUAAAAACAAACAAACAUGGUGGAGGAAGUGCCUGCAAGAGGAAGUAUUUUGGGAAAAUGUGUGCCAGCUCGUUAUGUUCUGGCGGUAUUGGGUUCCAUUGGUAUGGCCAUUGUUUAUGGUCUCAAGGUGAAUCUUAGUGUGGCCAUGGUGGCUAUGUUGAAUCACACGGCAGUUGGACAUGGUUCACAUGGUGGAGGAGCGGGACAGUCUUUGUCCAAUUUAACAGAAGAAAGUGAUGUGGAAAUCUGUUUACCCCCAGGAGGUGCUGACGCCAAUGCAACGGCCACAACGGCAGCGGAUGGUCCCUUCAUAUGGAGCGAACCCUUGCAGGGCACCUUGCUUAGCUGUUAUUUCUGGGGUUAUUUGGUCUCCCAAAUUCCCGGUGCCCGUGUGGCUGAAAAUUUCUCCGCCAAAUGGGUCAUGUUGUUCUCGGUGGGCAUUAAUGUGGUGUGCACCCUGCUAACCCCUGUGCUGACGGAGUUGCACUAUGCCGGCCUAAUUGCUAUGCGUGUUUUGGAGGGUGUUGGUGGCGGUGCCACUUUCCCUGCCAUGCAUUGUAUGAUUGCUGCCUGGGCUCCACCCAAUGAACGCUCUGUCAUGUCUACCAUCAUUUAUGUGGGUACAUCCUUUGGCACAGCCAUUUCCAUAUUAUUGGCUGGUGUUCUCUCCGCUGGUUUGGGUUGGGAAUCGGUUUUUUAUGUCAUGGGUGGCCUAAGUUGUGUUUGGAUGUUGCUCUGGACUAUUUUGGUACAAGACAAUCCCAACAAGCAGCGUUUUAUUAGCCCGGAAGAAAGGCAAAUGAUUAACUCCUCCUUGGGCAGUGAUGACCAGCAUGGUGCCAAGGAAGAACAUCCCCCGGUGCCAUGGAAGAAGGUGUUUACCUCGAUACCAUUCUGGGCAAUUUUGGUGGCUCAUUGCUGCAAUAACUGGGGCUGGUAUAUGUUCCUCAUUGAAAUCCCGUUCUACAUGAAACAAGUGUUGGCCUUCAACGUGUCCAGUAAUGCUGUGGCCAGUGCCCUGCCCUAUUUCCCCAUGUUGAUAUUCAGUAUGAUUUUGGGCAAAUCCCUGGAUAGUCUUAAGGCCAAACAAAAAAUUAACACCACCAUUGCCCGUAAAACCGCCACCAGCAUCUGCACCGUCAUACCUGGCAUAUGUCUAUUGAUCCUGUGUUAUAUUGGCUGCAAACACACUGCCGCCGUGGUGGUCAUGACUGUGGGCAUUGUGGCCAUGGGUGGCAUGUUCUCCGGCUUCCUUUCCAAUCACAUUGAUAUUGCUCCCAAUUAUGCAGGCACCCUGGUGGCCUUGACAAAUACUGUGGCCACAUUGCCGGGUAUUAUUGUGCCGCUGUUUGUGGGUUAUAUCACCAAGGGAAAUCAAAACAUUGGAGCCUGGCGUGUCAUAUUCUUUGUAACCAUUGCCCUGUUUACCAUUGAAUUUUUGGUCUACACCAUCUUUGGUUCGGGCGAGGAACAACCCUGGAACAAGGCUGCCGUGAAGAGCAAUGAUCCCGAAAAGCCAGCUGUUAGCGAUGAGAGCACACCAUUGAAUGGAACGAAAACGGCAAAUGGUACCACAGCUUAAGGGGAAUUAUAAGCGGAUUGUUUUGUGUUUCUAAACAAACAGCAUUGAAAAUGUUGAUGUUAAUCUAUUGUAGCUUCUAAGUGACUCAGCUAAAUGUAAAAAAGAGAUUUUUAAUAUAUUUUUUUCAUUAUUUUAUACUAUCCCACUUUGCUGUAAAAGCUAAGAAGGUUAGGCUUUAGAUACUACCUCCAAUAUUAAGUUAUAUCUUAAAAAAAACUGUCUUUACAAAGAAACGGAAAAAUAGACGAAAAACCUGCCGCCUUUGUACUUAACUACACAAAAAAAAAAACAAAUGAGUCUUAUUUUAAAUGUACAAGUACUUAUUUUUUAAGUUUUUUUCUUUUUAAAUAUAAAUAAAUAAAUGUAAAAUAUAUAUAACAAA